AUGGCUGCCCCGGAAGAGAGACCGGCCAUGAAGCUUGAGCUCCAAGAUGGCAAGGUCUUCGAGGGCUAUAGCUUCGGUGCUCCCAAGAGCAUUGCCGGCGAGCUCGUCUUCCAGACGGGCAUGGUCGGCUACCCCGAAUCGCUCACCGACCCCUCGUAUCGCGGCCAGAUUCUCGUCAUCACCUACCCCAUGGUCGGCAACUACGGUGUGCCCGACCGCAAGGCGAGGGACCCUCUCCUGAAGGACCUGCCUGCCUACUUCGAGUCCGACGAAGCCCACAUCGCCGGUCUGGUCGUUCUCUCCUACUCGGGCGAGAACUGGAGCAACCAUCUCGCCACGAGCUCGCUGGGCGACUGGCUGAAGGAGCAGGGCAUUCCCGCUCUCUUUGGUGUCGACACCAGGGAGCUGACCAAGACGAUACGGCAGGAGGGUAGCAUGCUGGGCCGUCUUCUCGUCGAGAACCAGGCCAAUGGCAAUGCCGAGCCCAUUGUCUACGAGGAGAUACCCUGGGUGAACCCCAACGAGAAGAACCUGGUGGCUGAAGUGUCUGCCAAGGAACCAAAGACCUAUUCUCCCGACCCGUCGACCGCGUUAAAACACCCCUCCGGCCGCAAUGUGAAGAUUGUUUGCGUCGAUGUUGGUCUCAAGUUCAACCAGCUUCGCUGCCUUGUGAAGCGUGGUGUCGAGGUUGAGGUCGUCCCUUGGGACUACGACUUCCCGAAGCUUGCUGGCAAGGAAUACGAUGGUCUCUUCCUCUCCAACGGCCCUGGUGACCCGGCCAUGAUGACCUCUACCGUUAAGCACAUCCAAGCUGCGCUUGAGGAGGCUAGGACUCCCAUUUUCGGUAUUUGCUUGGGUCACCAGCUCCUUGCUCGGGCUGCUGGCGCCUCUACCAAGAAGAUGAAGUUCGGUAACCGUGGUGCAAACAUUCCUGCCACCAACUUGCUCUCUGGCAGGUGCUAUAUCACCUCCCAGAACCACGGAUACGAGGUCGAUGCCGAGACGUUGCCUACAGGCUGGCAGGAACUCUUCGUCAACGCCAACGACGGUAGCAACGAGGGUAUCAGGCACGUCAGCCGCCCUUACUUCUCUGUCCAAUUCCACCCCGAGCACGCCCCCGGCCCCAGGGACACUGAGAACCUGUUUGAUGUCUUCAUCCAGACUGUUUUGAAGUCCAUCGAGAAGCCGGAGACGCUGAACCAACCUGUUGAGUUCCCCGGUGGAACUAUCGAGGAGAACCGGAAGCUGCACCCUAAGGUCGAGGUCAAGAAGGUCUUGGUUCUUGGCUCUGGUGGUCUCAGCAUUGGCCAGGCCGGCGAAUUCGACUACUCUGGCUCCCAGGCAAUCAAAGCAUUGAAGGAAGAAGGCAUCUAUACCAUCCUCAUCAACCCCAACAUCGCCACCAUCCAGACCUCCAAGGGCCUCGCCGACAAGGUGUACUUCUUGCCCGUCACUGCCGAUUUUGUCCGCAAGGUCAUCAAGCAGGAGCGUCCAGAUGCCAUCUACGUUACCUUCGGUGGCCAAACUGCGCUGCAGGUCGGUAUUCAACUCAAGGACGAGUUCGAGGCUCUUGGUGUCAAGGUGUUGGGUACUCCUAUCGAUACCAUUAUCACCACUGAAGACCGUGAACUUUUCGCGCGCGCCAUGGACUCUAUUGGCGAGAAGUGCGCCAAGUCCGCAUCUGCCAACUCUGUUGAUGAGGCUAUGCGCGUCGUCACUGACAUUGGCUUCCCUGUCAUCGUUCGUGCUGCUUACGCUCUCGGUGGUUUGGGCAGUGGUUUCGCUGAGGACGAAGGGCAGCUGCUCGACCUUUGCAACAAGGCUUUCGCCGCCAGUCCCCAGGUCCUUAUUGAGCGCAGUAUGAAGGGCUGGAAGGAAAUCGAGUACGAGGUUGUCCGUGAUGCCUUCGACAACUGCAUCACAGUUUGCAACAUGGAGAACUUCGACCCGCUGGGUAUCCACACUGGCGACUCCAUCGUUGUUGCGCCUUCCCAAACGCUCUCCGACGAAGACUACAAUAUGCUUCGUACCACGGCCGUCAAUGUCAUCAGGCAUCUUGGCGUGGUCGGCGAGUGCAACAUUCAGUACGCCCUCAACCCUGACUCCAAGGAAUACUGCAUCAUCGAAGUCAACGCUCGUCUCUCGCGUUCGUCGGCUUUGGCUUCGAAGGCUACCGGCUAUCCUCUGGCUUUCGUUGCUGCAAAGUUGGGUUUGAACAUCCCUCUCAACGAGAUCAGGAACAGUGUCACGAAGGUUACCUGCGCUUGCUUUGAGCCUUCCCUCGACUACUGCGUUGUCAAGAUCCCUCGCUGGGAUUUGAAGAAGUUCACUCGCGUCUCCACUCUCCUCGGUUCCUCCAUGAAGAGCGUGGGCGAGGUCAUGAGUAUAGGCAAGACGUUUGAGGAGGCUAUCCAGAAGGCGAUCCGUGCCAUCGAUCCCAACAACCUUGGUUUCAACGAGACUUCCAUGGCUCUCAUGUCUAUCGACCAGGAGCUGCAGACCCCCUCUGACCAGCGGUUGUUCGCCAUUGCUAACGCUAUGCACUCUGGCUACACGGUUGACAAGAUUUGGGAGCUGACCAAGAUCGACAAGUGGUUCCUGAGGAAGCUCAAGACCAUGAGCGACUUCAGCAAGCUUAUGACCCAGUACAACACGCACAACAUCCCUGUGUCCAUGUUCAAAAAGGCUAAGCAGCUCGGUUUCUCUGAUCGCCAGCUUGCCAAUUUCUGGAGUUCCAACGAGCUUGCCGUGCGUACUGCUAGAGUCGAUGCCGGAGUCUUCCCUGUGGUGAAGCAGAUUGAUACUGUUGCAGCGGAAUUCCCUGCCUUCACCAACUACCUGUAUGUCACGUACAAUGGCACGUCCCACGACAUUGACUUCAAUGACCGUGGUGUCAUGGUCCUGGGCUCUGGCGUGUACCGUAUCGGUUCCUCUGUCGAGUUCGAUUGGUGCUCUGUUCGUGCCAUUCGCACGCUCAGAGAGGCUGGGUACAAGACGGUCAUGGUUAACUACAACCCCGAGACCGUCUCUACCGACUACGAUGAGGCUGACCGUCUGUACUUCGAGAACAUCACCAUUGAGACGGUGCUUGACAUUUACCAGCUGGAGAACUCCAGUGGUGUCAUAAUGUCCAUGGGUGGCCAGACGCCGAACAACAUCGCACUGCCUCUGCACCGUCUGAACGUCAAGGUCCUUGGCACGUCGCCGGAAAUGAUCGACACCGCAGAGAACCGUUACAAGUUCUCCCGCAUGUUGGACCGUAUUUCGGUCGACCAACCCGCUUGGAAGGAAUUGAGCACUCUUGAGGAAGCAGAGGAAUUCUGCGAAAAGGUCUCUUAUCCUGUUCUUGUUCGUCCCUCGUACGUUUUGUCGGGUGCAGCCAUGAACACGGUUUAUACCAAGGAUGACCUUGAGAACUACCUCAACCAGGCCACUGAGGUCUCGCGCGACCACCCUGUUGUCAUUACCAAGUACAUCGAGGGUGCCAAGGAAAUCGAAAUGGAUGCUGUUGCCCGUGGCGGUACCAUGAUUGGCCAUUUCAUCUCCGAGCACGUUGAGAACGCUGGUGUCCAUUCGGGUGAUGCCACUUUGAUCUUGCCUCCUCAGGAUCUCGACCCGGAGACUGUUCGUCGUAUCGAGGACGCCACUCGUAAGAUCGGAAGCGCACUCAACAUCACCGGUCCUUACAACAUCCAAUUCAUUGCCAAGGACAACGACAUCAAGGUCAUCGAGUGCAACGUUCGGGCGUCCCGCUCUUUCCCCUUCGUCUCCAAGGUCAUGGGUGUCGACCUGAUCGAGAUGGCGACCAAGGCCAUGGCUGGCUUGCCGGUCGCCGAGUACCCUCCGAUCAACGUUCCAUCUGACUACGUCGGUGUCAAGGUGCCUCAGUUCUCCUUCUCGAGACUGUCUGGUGCUGAUCCUGUUCUCGGCGUGGAGAUGGCUUCCACCGGUGAGGUCGCUUGCUUCGGUCGUACCAAGUAUGAAGCAUACAUCAAGGGUCUUAUCGCUACCGGCUUCAGGCUUCCGAACAAGAACAUUCUUCUAUCAAUCGGUUCUUUCAAGGACAAGUUCGAAAUGCUCCCUUCCAUCAAGCGUCUUCAUGAGCUGGGCUACAACCUUUUUGCUACUGCUGGUACCGCCGACUUCAUCCAGGAGCACAGCAUCCCUUGCAAGUUCCUUGAGGUUCUUGGUCAGUCUGGUCAUGAUGGAGAGCAGAAGCCUGAGUACUCUCUGACGCAGCACUUGGCCAACAAUCUGAUCGAUCUGUACAUCAACCUGCCGUCCAGCAACCGUUUCCGUCGCCCUGCCAACUACAUGUCUCGCGGUUACAGGACUCGUCGUAUGGCCGUUGACUACCAGACUCCUCUGGUGACAAAUGUUAAGAAUGCCAAGUUGCUCAUCGAGGCUAUUGCUCGCCACUACGAUCUUGAGAUUAGCAAGGUUGACUACCAGACCUUCGUCUCUGGCGCCCAGGAUAGCGGUAUCGGUGCAACGAGCAAGAUUGGUGAAACCAACUUGACUUUGGGUCAGCUCUUGGCCAGGUCGCCCUUCAAGCGCAAGCACAUUGUUUCCGUCAAGCAGGUUACUCGCAGCGACCUCCAUUUGCUUUUCACUGUUGCCCAGGAACUCCGUCUUGGUGCCCAGCGUGAGGGCGGUCUGGACAUCCUUAAGGGCCGCGUUCUUUGCAACAUGUUCUACGAGCCCUCCACCAGGACCUCUGCUUCUUUCGAUGCUGCCAUGAAGCGUCUGGGAGGUAGCACCGUCGUCAUUAGCGAGGCGCACUCUUCUACCAAGAAGGGUGAGUCGUUGGCUGACACCAUCCGCACUCUUGGCUGCUACGGCGACGCCAUCGUUCUUCGCCACCCCAGCAAGGAGUCAACCAGUAUCGCCACCAAAUUCUCUUCCGGUAUUCCGAUCAUCAACGCUGGCAACGGCGCCGAUGAGCACCCCACCCAGGCAUUCCUCGACUUGUUCACCAUUCGUGAGGAGCUGGGUACCGUCAAGGGUCUGACAAUCACCUUCGUCGGUGAUCUCAAGUAUGGCCGCACCGUACACUCUCUCUGCGAGCUCCUGAAGCACUAUGAGGACAUCAAGAUUCAGCUUGUUGCCCCCGAGGGCUUGGAAAUUCCCGAACACGAGCGUGAGGCCAUUAAUUCUCGUGGCCAGCUCGAGCUCGAGGCCAGCGAGCUGACUCCUGAUAUUGUCGCCAAGUCGGACGUUAUGUACUGCACUCGCGUCCAGCAGGAGCGCUUCACGGACCAGGCUCACUAUGAGAAGGUCAAGGACAGCUUCGUUGUCGACAGCAACGUUAUGAAGCACGCCAAGCUCAACAUGAUCGUCAUGCACCCUCUUCCCCGCAACAGGGAGAUCCACGAAGAUGUUGACCUUGAUCCCAGGGCGGCGUACUUCAGACAGAUGAAAUACGGGCUGUACACUCGCAUGGCUUUGCUGGCUCUAGUGUUGGCUCCGUAG